AUGUUCUGCUGGUUGUUUUCCUUCGAGAAUGAUAUGAUCACUGUACCAUUCUCUAUUCACGAGUUAUGCGAUUCUGGCGAAGAGAGACUGCUGUCUUGCAACGAUGUUUGUGAAAAGGUGGCCUCUUUCAAAGAGGUUUUUCGUGGCAUCGAUGCGAAAUUAGUUGCGCUCCAUAUGCCGCGGUCAUCGGAACUGGUUUGUGCUGUUGCAGCUCUUGUUGAUAUCCAUACUCCGUUUCUUAUACUCCAACCAGGCGACAAUCCUGUUUCGCUCAGAGCUCAUUUUCUGUUUGAUGGCAAAGAGUUGGUCGAAAUUAAUUCUUUGCACGAAUGUACGAGUGAUGAAGCUGAAGAGCAGGAUUUUUGUUACUUCAUCUCCACAUCGGGGACUACUGGUUCUGCGAAGCUAGUUGGCGUCCCUUACUCUUGCAUUGGGCCGAAUAUCGAAGAUUUCAGUGAAAGGUUCUCGAUUACAUCUGAUGACCUUGUCUUAUGCUCAACGUCAUUCUGCUUUGAUCCAUCAAUCGUGGAAUUAUUCUUGACCUUCACCAGUGGAGCUCAGUUGCUACUAGUGCCAGAUCGGAUCCGAUCACAACCGCAUCUGUUUUCUAAUGUCUUGAAAACGUACACGCCAACGUUCGUUCAGCUGACUCCUUCUGUUCUGUCUCUCUUCGAUGAGUCGACACUCUCAUGGAUUUUCAGUGAUCACUCACUGAUUCGAUGUCUUCUAAUUGGAGGCGAGAAGUUUCCUUAUAAACUUGUACAACGUUUCCGCACUCUCUCGAAUCCAACGAGAAUUUUCAAUGUUUACGGUGUAACUGAGGUUUCCUGUUGGGCCACUGCUGCGGAGAUUACUUUCAACUGCAAUUUCGUUGACAUUGGUUCCCCUCUGAAGUGUACCACCUUAUCUCUUACACCUGCUAGUGAACUGCUGAUAGGUGGAACAAGGCGAUGCCGCGUUAAUGGUGUCUGGGGUGGAGAAUUCACCGCUACUGGAGACAUUGUAGAUGUUGUCGAUGGUAAAUACGUAGUAGUUGGGAGAACAGACGAUCAGAUCAAGUUGAAUGGCAUUCGUUGUAAUCUCGCUGCUCUUUCUGAAAUUCAGAUAAUGUCUUCAUCGUUCAUUCCAUCCAAAGUGAUAUAUUUGGAUCGAGUUCCUCUCACCCCAAGCGGAAAAGUGGAUCGUUUAAAGCUGACACUUAUGCUGGAAGAGCAAUGCUCCGCACAAAUGAAGUCAUGGUCUGAUAUAUUUAAAUUUCUCGAAAAAUUCGGCAUCCGACACACGCCUGAUUUAUCGUUCCAAUCUUUCGUCAAUUACGCCGCUGAAAUUGCGCUGCAUUUUGGAACCGUCGACGCCCUUCGUGAUAUCCUAGAUCCCAAUAUGGCUAUUCUAGACGUACUUCGAAAAUAUACUUGUCAGCCAACGAUUACUAACAGUUCGAAAAGCAUUGGGUGUUCCGAUGUUGUUAUCGACGUUUCCGUUAUUCUGAGUUUACAACCGGACAUUAGUUGGGCCUGUGACACAAAGAAAUGUAUUGAUGGUACACCACUUCUCACAAAAUUAUUUGACGAAGAUGUGGUUGCCGCCUGUUCGCAUUCUGGAGUUGUUGUAUGCCUUCGUCUUCGGGACGGCUUUUGUUUGUGGAAGACUAGAAUUCACUGUCGGUUUGAAACUUCACCAACGAGAACUGGAGAUUACAUUGUUGUUGGAGGAUACGAUGGAGGCGUGUACUUUCUAUCAGCGAAUACAGGUGUAACUGAGUGGCGUUUCGGCUGUGCAUACGAUCGAAAACUCUACAAGUUAGACCCAAAGCAGAGGGAGUGUGUUUGGUCAUGCCCAAUUCGAAGUGGAUCUCCUGCUCGCGCAGUGGUACUAAAGGAAUGUGUCUUUGUAACAACUAUCAAAGGCAGCUUAGAGGCGAUUAACAUGGAGAGAGGAAUGCUCCUCUGGCUAUACCAAACGCAAGCUCCUAUAUUUUCUUCCUUGGCUAUCUUUUGUGAGUCAGGCUUCAUCAGUUCUGUUGACGGCGUGGUUACAAAGAUUCGACUAAAUGAUGGGAAGAAGGAGGUUGCUGCAAACACUCACGAGCCUAUCUUCGCUCGCGUCUCCAUUUUCUGUAAUCUUGUUCAUAUAGUAACUCAAAGCGGGUCACUCUUUCUCGCAGAUCUCAUGCUGCAUAUUCUCCGCUCCUUUCGUUUUGCUUCUUGCUCAUUUGUCGUCCCUCCACGUACUGUUCGGGAUAAUGCUGCGCGGGUCAGAAUAUUGCAGGAAUUUAUGGGAGCAUUCAGUCAGGCAGAAUUUGACAAAGAAGUCUCCCGGGAUUUUAACACUCAGGAGAUUUCAUCAGCUAUCGCUCGUUACGAAAAAGAGGCAGCAGCGCUUCUGAAGGAUAAAGCGCAAGUGCGGAAAGUUAUUAGCUAUAUAGACCUAACUACGUUGUCUGGCGAUGAUACCAAAGGACGAGUCGUGGCACUAGUUGAUCGAGCACUCAACCCAAUUCCCGAUGAUUCCUCGGUAACUUGUGCAGCCGUUUGUGUUUAUCCACAACGCGUAGCUGAUGUGACCAAACAUCUUACUGCUAAGCAGAAAACCCUUAAUGUUGCUUCCGUUGCUGCUGGUUUCCCUUCGGGACAGUACCACUUGCAGUCAAAGCUGUUAGAAGUUCAGUUGACUGUUGCCGACGGUGCUACUGAAAUCGACAUCGUCAUUAGCCGUGCUGCAGCUCUUGAAGGCGAUUGGAAAACUGUUCAUGACGAAGUAGCAGCCCUGAAGGGUGUCUGCGGAAAUGCGCAUAUGAAGACAAUUUUGGCGACAGGGGAAUUGAAAACCCUUACUAACAUCUAUAAGGGAAGUUGGGCCAGUAUUUUAGCAGGUUCUGACUUCAUCAAAACAUCCACUGGAAAAGAGUGCACAAAUGCCACGCUGGAGGUAGCUUAUGUAAUGUGUCUGGCCAUUAAGAGAUGGUACAAACUCACUGGAAAGAAGGUUGGAUUCAAGCCAGCAGGAGGAAUUAAGACCCCUGAAGAAGCGCUUGCAUACAUUGUGCUGGUUAAGGACGUUUUGGGUGAAUCGUGGCUCAGUCCUGAGCUGUUUCGAAUCGGCGCAAGCAGCCUACUGGACAAUUGUUUGAAGGCCAUUUGA